AUGUAUUCCUCCGAUAGCGGCGACGAGAAGAAACUGUGGCAUGAGGCGGAAAGUCUACGUCGCAUCGCCUUUUUUGGCAUCUGUAUCAGUACCGUCGCUACGCUGACGGCUAUCGUCGCCAUCCCUUCCCUUUACAACUACAUGCAACAUGUACAGUCCUCACUGCAAACAGAAGUUGAAUUCUGCAAACACCGAACGAAUGGUCUCUUCGACCAGUACGAGCGUAUGCAGCGAGUAAAGGGAGUUCGAGGAGGAAUCGUGAAGCGUCAAGCCGGAUACGACACUGGAGAUGCCGGUGUCUCAGCCGACGUUACUGAGCAAGCACCAACUUGCUGCAGUUGCAAGUCCGGACUGGCUGGACCACCUGGUCCACCAGGUAUAGACGGACCCGAUGGUAAAGACGGUCUGCCAGGAGCUAAUGGGGAACCUGGUGCCGACGCCGCACCAGAUGCAGUACCUACUGCCGAUGACUUCUGCUUUGACUGCCCCGCAGGACCACCAGGACCUGCUGGAAAUCCAGGACCCAAGGGCCCACCCGGAAACCCAGGAGCUGACGGUCUACCAGGUCCAGACGGGCAACCAGGUCAACCUGGACCACCAGGACCUCAAGGACCACCUGGACCUGACGGACAACCUGGACAACCUGGAGAACAAGGUCCACCCGGUAUUGUUGAAGAAGUACCAGUUCCCGACGGCCCAGCCGGACCUCCAGGACCACCCGGACCACCAGGACCAGAUGGACAACCAGGAGCACCAGGUCAACCAGGACAAGACGGACCUCAAGGACCUCCGGGAGAUCCAGGACGAGAUGGACCACCAGGAAACCCAGGAGCUCCAGGAGAACAAGGUCCUCUGGGAGAGAGUGGAGCUGGAGGAAGCUGUGAUCACUGCCCACCACCACGAACUGCUCCUGGAUAUUAA